GUAAUGUGGCCUGAGCACGAAGAUCAAGUAAGGUACCUCAAGAUAUAUCGAUAGUCGUUGUUCGAAGAUGUAAUAAGGUUAUCAGGCGAGGAAUCCCUCCCAUUCACCUUGCAUAGAGAUGGGCAGCCAAUUAGGGUAGCAAGAAGAUUGCCAAUGUCUAUAUGUCAAACAAUUAAGUACUGAGCAAGCUUCCGACGAGGCAACAUAUGGCGUAGUAAAAACCUCACGAGAUUAAUGUUGCAUUCAAGGGUCCCAAGGGCCGGGGCAACAACUGGUUGACCCUUACCCACUAGAAAUAGUAUACAUCAGAGUGCUAUAGACUGAUAGUGGCUCGGCUUCGAAGUAAGCGAAACCGUAGCAUUGUUAGCGAGGAUUGCACUUCUUUAUCCCCUCCCCUUUUUCUUUCAACCUCAUUUCUGAAGGAAAAUGCCACGAAAGCUGUGGUAUGCUAAGAGCUUGUAAGGGCAAUGCUGAUUAGGAACCAUCCCUAUCUAAAACAUCGCAAUGAUCUGAUGACCGACCUGAAGUACUUUCGACUAGGCGGGCUGGACUCAUUGUAAAAAGUGGAGGCGGCAUCGAGGCCGCCUCCACUGUGGUACGUAUCUUAUAAAGCUCGCUAGUGACUGGGUAUGAGGGUACACGCAGAGUUGAAUGAUGAACCUGUACUGGGCACAUUCAUCCCGUGUGGUCCACUCGGCUUGAAAGCCAGAUCUUGCCCGAAUAACCUUGAACGGACAACGAUAGGUUCAGUGAAGUGGGUAGGAAAAGUGUCCUUUAAUAAAAUAUCCGACCUUGGAUGCGCUAAAUUUGGUGGCCCACCCCUGAAUCCUGAUCACAGUCGCGAUAAACUCAAAGAGAUAGCCUUGGAACGUUGCGUAAAACGCUUCUGUGGGACCGAUAGCCUUAGCGCGUAUCUUGCAACACUUGUUUGUUUCAUUCGGGCAAAACUUCAAUCAGACCAGGCACAAUCAAACAUGUCGAGACUCUGCCUUCUCAAAAGGUUAGCAGUAGAUAUGUAUGUAUAUGUAUAUGCCAUAGGGAAUGCUGUAGGAUCUAAAACCCACCAUCCGUGUGAAAAGCUGAUAACUACUUGGGUAGGAUGUAGGCUUAUAGAGUCACUAGCACGGUCCCUCGUGUAAGGAUCCAACUGAGUGUGAUUCCCGGUCGGGCGAAUCAGAAGGGUCGCAGCCGUUGCAUUGACGGGAAGCUAAGCGGACGGAGACACAGCCACCACGAAGAGUCCGACUCGAGUAGGGUUGGUGUGAAGGAUGAGAAACUUUUGAGAAACUAUGUGAGAAAGGUAUGCCCCUACAGAUAAAAGGGUAAGCAAAGUAGUAGAAGUGGGAUAUCG